CUUUGGUUAUCUGUCUAAUCUGUGCCUAAACUAUAAAAUACAGAAUACAACUAUCAGCUAUAUGUAUAUCGCAUGUACGAAUUACGUACGCGAGUAUAUUUGAAGAAAUAUUAUCUAAUUUCUGGUCUCCCACUCUCUCAAAACACACAGUUAUCAUAAUAUAAUAAGCAUUGGAAUUUUCACGUAUUUUUCGUGACAAUUGUCACACAGCAGGUGAAAACAAGUGACAAUGGCAGCAUUAUUUCGCAUGAAUUGCAUGCAAAGUUUGCGCAGAGGGUUAGCUCUGAUGACACCCAAGGAGACGACGAUAUAUCGUAGGAUAGCGACGACACCGAAUUAUUACGAUAAUGUCAAGGAGAAAACGCUUGUCAAGAAAAAGUGGGUGAGUUAUGGCUUCAGCGUGACAGACGAGGCAGAAGAUCGUCAUACUAUGCAUGCGACUAUGUUCGUCGUUGUAACUAUAGUCUUUGUACUCGGAUUUACUAUCAUGGCUUAUCUACCUGAUGUCAGAGGCAAGGACUGGGCGCAACGAGAAGCAUAUCUGCAAAUUCGAUAUAGAGAGGAACAUGGUCUUCCUCUCAUCGAUCCUAAUCUAAUCGAUCCAUCUAAAAUAACACUGCCAAGCGAUGAAGAAUUAGGCGAUACCGAGAUUAUUAUUUAAAAAGUGUGUUGACGAUGCUAAGAAUUUUGUUUGGAGUUCAAGUGUCGUUGCUCUGCCUAUCUGUGUAUCAAUUUAGUACUUGUUAUAAUGUUAAUUGAGGAUUAUAUAUGUAUUUAUAAUAAAUAUUGCUUUUACGGAUUAAAA